GUUUAAUUAACGGUUUGUCAUGAAACGUUUUGUUAUUGAACUGAAUCUGAUUUUACAUUGACGGUUUGUCAUUAAAUGCUUUGCAAGUGAAUUGAAUCUGAUUUUGUCAUUGAGUGAUUUGUUAUGUUAAACUGGUUAUCAGGCAUGCUAAAAGUUUUACCCAAGGGCUAUCCAUAUUUACUUAUUGAGUUAUCUCAUAGUUUUCCUUGUCCACCAUUUCAGGAAGUGAAACCGAGGACGGGGAAACCACGGGAAGUGACGAGUUAGAAGGCUAGUCAUUUUGUAAAAUUGAACAUAGAUUUAGAAAUAAAUCAUGAUCUUGUAAACUAGAGUGUAUUUGGAGAUUUUAUGAUAUCAGAGGAAAUUUUAAAGAUUUGAUCUUCAGAUUUGAUGGAUGUAUAAGGCCUUCCACGUUAGCCCCCCCCAAGCCCCUCUAGCCACCGACUCAUUUUUGAGAAAAUUGGUGACCAAGCUUGGGAUUUUCUCUUUCUUUCUUGCUCAAUCACAAGAUUUGGGGCUUAGAAUCUUCCCUCUCAACCCAGAAAAUCUCGGUUCUGCUCUGUUCUUCUCCCUUGUCCAUCGGGUUCUGCUGGGUUUGAAUCCUUCGGCUUUUUCUGUUUGCCGUGAGUUUUCCCCCCCUGGAUCUCGUCGGCUCCUCACCAGCCAAGCUCGGGUUCUUCUGGCUGGAAUUCUGGUUUUGAUCGUUUUGCCUCUGUAGCACUUGGGUUAGCCUUCUGUUCUGUGGGAGUGAGGAAGUGAAACCGAGGACGGGGAAACCACGGGAAGUGACGAGUUAGAAGGCUAGUCAUUUUGUAAAAUUGAACAUAGAUUUAGAAAUAAAUCAUGAUCUUGUAAACUAGAGUGUAUUUGGAGAUUUUAUGAUAUUAAAGGAAAUUUUAAAGA